GGUCGGGUCAUAGGCAUGAUCCAGCCGUUUUUUUUCUGCUAUACAAGAAUCGACUUCGAUUUCGCCGUUUGGUGGGUUUGUAUAAUUGAUCGGAAUCAAUGGAAGAGUCCGUCGUAGUCCGCCGUGAAACCGAUGGAGACGGAGAAGCCGUCUUAGCCGUCUUUGCACAACUGAAAGUUCUCUGCACGGAGCUUCAAAUCCUAUCGCGAAACCCUAAAAGGAAUCCGGGCACGAUCCCUGCAUUGCUCCACCUCCUUCGCCGUACUCCUCCUGCCACUCUCCAGUCCUUCUUCAACUACACUUUGUUUCCAUUGCUUCUUCUGUUAGACGCCGCAGUUGCUUGCAGAAGUGAGAAGAUAAAUCAGCCUAAGAAAUUUCCAACUACACCUUAUACUUAUAGAGUGAGUGAUAAAGUGGUGGUAGGCGUAAUCCAUUGUCUUGAGGAACUUUUAAAGAAGGGUCACAUUGGAUCCAUUGAUCAGAUGGUUGUAGUUAUGAAGAAGUUAAUUAGUGGUGCUGCUCUACCCCCAUCUGUGGCUGCUGAAGAGUUUCGUGAAGGGAUCAUCAGAUGUUUCCGCGCAAUUAUCUCUGGUCUGCUUCCAUGCUCUGGUGAUUUUUGCUCAUGUCAGCGCACUGUUGGCUGGCCUCAACUGUCAGAUACAAAAGAUUAUCAAGCUCAAGUUUCAGAGUCUUUUAAGUAUGAUCUAGACACCGGAGAGUGCUUGCUUGCAUUUCUUCAGUCUCCGUCUGCUUUGGCUUCUGUGGGUCAUUGGCUUUCCAUUCUUCUCAAAGUGGCUGAUGCUGAGGCUUCUCGAGGAGAUCGAGGAAGUGCAAACCUUCGAGUUGAAGCCUUCAUCGCCUUACGGAUACUUGUAGCUAAGAUUGGUACUGCUGAUGUGUUGGCCUUUUUUCUACCUGGUGUUGUUAGCCAAAUUGCCAAAGUGUUGCAUGUUUCGAGAGCAAUGAUAAGCGGUGCUGCCGGAAGUGUUGAUGCAUUGGACCAAGCAGUUAGAGGUUUAGCCGAGUUUCUUAUGAUAGUCCUUGAGGAUCAAACUAAUUCAUUGGCUCUUGGCAUUUCUGAUGAUGAUACUAAGUCGCAGAAGCAUGAAUCUGCGCACUCAAUUUUGGACGAACUUCGUUCUCUGACAACAAAAUCUCAAGGGCAGAGCGACGAGCUGACAGAAAUUACAAACCAAGACAUUGUAACCAUCAAUGUACCUGCAAAACCCAAUCUGAAUCCGAGUCGGGACUCCUUUCAUGUUGAACGUACAAAGGGAUGGUUAGAUAGCACUACUUCUCACGUGAAUAAGCUGUUGUCUGAGACAUUUCCCCAUAUUCUUAUUCACCCAGCCGGAAAAAUACGAUGGGAUUUUCUCGCAGCAAUACGUGGAUUGCUAUCUAAGAGCUCUUGUUCGCUGAAGGGGGCUAGAUUAGUGAUGUUGGAAUGCGUAUGUACUCUGGCUGUUGAUGACUCCGAUGAAGUUUCUGUAGCAGCUCAGGAAUUUCUUGAUGAUUUAUUCUCCAAACGUACAAAUCACCACAUAGAGAGUGAUGUAAUCAAGAUCUUUAGCAGACUGCUUGAGAGGCUUCCAAAAGUGGUUCUGGGGAACGAGGAAUUGCCUGCACUUUCAGUGGUGAAGCAGUUACUUGUCGUCACUUACUAUUCUGGACCGCAAUUUUUGGCCAAUCAUCUUCAGUCUCCCAUAACAGCCAGCAGAUUCCUGGAUAUAUUUUCUCUCUGUCUGAGCCAUAAUUCAGCAUUCACCGGUUCUCUUGAGAAACUCAUCGCAGAAAGGCCUUCAUCAUCGACAGGUUACCUCCCUUCAAUCACAGAAUUAAAAGUGGGGAGUCAGGAGACUGGAUACAACCGUACUGUUCCAAAUUUCACUGAAGCAGAUCAACUAAAUUUGGAGACAUCGUCGGCCACUAGCUAUAUGUUACCUCGCAUGCCUCCAUGGUUCUCUUACGUUGGUAGCCAGAAGCUCUAUGAGAUGCUUGCUGGAAUCCUUAGACUUGUAAGAUUAUCCUUAAUGGCAGGAUUUGAAAAUGAAGGGCAUUUAGCAGUCAUCCUGGAUAUUCCUCUGGGGGUUUUCCGUAAACUAGUUUCAGAUAUUCGUGCAAAGGAGUAUAAUGGAGAAGACUGGCAGUUAGUUGGCCAGGCGGCAACUGCUGCUUGUAUACUGAAUGAGCUGAUUUUUGGUCUAACGGAUCAAGCAACUGAUGCUCUCUCAAGACUGCUUCGGAAGUCAAGAAAGGGAAGUGACAAACUUUCCUGGGAAAUCUCAUGGCAUAAACGUGCAAAAAGUCAUCUGAUUGAUUGCGUUGGUAAAAUCUUGUACGAAUACCAUUCUUCUGAAGUGUGGGAUCUCCCUGUGGACCAAAAGACAAUUCCUGGGCAAACUGAUUCCGAUGUUCAACUUUUUAGUCCGCAUUUCUUAAAAGACUGUGCAAUGCUACACCAAGUUAUAAGAGAAGGAGUAGGUGUAUUUUCCUUGUGUCUUGGUAAAGAUUUUUCCUUGUGUGUUGGGAAAUAUUUUGUUCCAAGUGGAGAGAGGGAGAGAGAAUGGAGAAGGGAAGAGCACCUUGUUGUGACAAGACCGAAGUGAAGAGAGGUCCAUGGAGCCGAGAAGAAGAUUUGAAACUCAUCUCUUCCAUUCAAAAGUUUGGUCAUAAGAACUGGAAAUCUCUUCCCAAAAAAUCUGGGUUAUUGCGGUGUGGGCAUAGUUGUCGUAUGAGGUGGAUUAACUACCUCAAACCAGAUCUGAAGCGUGGCAACUUCACUGCAGAAGAUGAAGAAACAAUCAUCAAGCUCCACCAGAACUAUGGGAACAA